UUAGAAAAAUGGGUCAGCUUAGGGAAGCCAUGAAAAAACGUAUUCUGUUUGCCCUCUUUUUCCUACUUAUCUUUGUAACCAAACGAUGUGUUACUCAACCACAUGCAUGUGAUGCGAGUGACCCCAAUGCUGGAAACUAUGCAUUUUGUAAUACCAGCUUAUCCUAUGAAGAGCGAGCCCGAGACCUAGUUUCACGCUUGACCCUGGAAGAAAAAGUUCAACAGCUAGGUGAUGAAGCUAAAGGCAUCCCAAGGCUUGGGGUGCCUUUCUAUUAUUGGUGGAAUGAGGCACUUCAUGGGGUCUCAAAUGCCGGGAAGGGUGUGCGUUUUAAUGAAACAGUUCCUGGUGCAACUAGUUUCCCAGCAGUAAUUCUUUCAGCGGCCAGUUUUAACACUGACCUGUGGUACAAGAUGGGACAAGUUGUGUCAACCGAAGCUCGAGCAAUGUACAAUGUGGGCUUGUCUGGUUUAACUUUCUGGAGUCCAACUAUAAACGUGCUUCGUGAUCCCAGAUGGGGAAGGGCUCAAGAGACCCCCGGAGAAGACCCUCUUGUGGUUUCCAAGUAUGCAGUCAGUUAUGUCCGGGGACUGCAAGAGGUAGGAAAUCAGGAAGUGAACAAGUCAGGACCCAACAGGCCACUCAAAGUUUCCAGCUGUUGUAAGCACUAUACUGCCUAUGACAUUGAUAAUUGGAAGGGUAUUACUCGUUUUACCUUUGAUGCAAAGGUGACAGCACAGGAUUUGGAGGACACUUAUCAGCCACCAUUCAAGAGCUGCGUACAAGAGGGGCAUGUCAGCAGUGUAAUGUGUUCAUACAACAAGGUGAACGGGAUCCCAACCUGUGCAGACCCCAAUUUGCUGAAAGGAAUUAUCAGAGAUCAAUGGGGACUAGAUGGAUAUAUAGUUUCAGAUUGCGAUUCCAUUAGCACGUAUUACAAACAAAUGAAUUACACUGAUACAGCUGAGGAUGCUGUAGCACUCGCUCUGAAAGCAGGUUUGAACUUAAAUUGUGGAACCUCUCUCCCGGAUUACACACAGAAAGCUAUAGACUUAAAAAAGGUUGAGGAGGCUACAGUAGAUGAAUCCCUGAUAUACAAUUAUAUUGUUCUAAUGCGGCUAGGCUUCUUUGAUGGGGACCCCAAACAGCAUCCCUUUGGGAAACUUGGGCCAUCUGAUGUAUGUACUGAUGACAAUCAAAAUUUAGGACGUGAAGUUGCAAGACAAGGUAUAGUUUUGUUAGAAAACAAUGGUGUUCUUCCUUUAUCCCAAAAUAUCACUAGGAAGUUGGCCCUCAUAGGUCCCAACGCUAAUGCGACCACAACUAUGAUAAGCAUCUAUGCUGGUAUACCCUGCCGCUACACUACCCUUUUGCAAGCUCUUGAGCAGAAGUAUGGGGAGAGCUUAACAUUCGAGCCGGGAUGUAGUGAUGUUGAGUGCAAAAAUGCAAGCCAAAUUGAGGCUGCAGCCAAAGCUGCAGCAUCAGCAGAUACAGCGGUGAUUGCAGUGGGGCUAAGUCAGUCAAUAGAAAGGGAAGGACUAGAUAGGGAGGACCUAAAGUUACCUGGAUUUCAAGAGAAGCUAGUGAUGGAUGUGUCUGAAGCAGCACCAGGACCUGUAGUCCUAGUUAUCAUGGCUGCUGGUCCUGUUGAUGUCUCUUUCGCGAAGAACAAUAGUAAGAUUGGGGCAAUCUUGUGGGCUGGCUAUCCAGGUCAAGAUGGAGGCGAUGCUAUAGCUCAAGUACUGUAUGGUGAUUACAAUCCAGGUGGUAGGUCUCCUUUUACUUGGUAUCCACAAGAAUAUGCAGAGAAAGUGCCCAUGGAUGACAUGCAUAUGAGAGCGAAUGCCUGCGCAAGCUUUCCAGGAAGAACCUACAGAUUUUACACAGACAAGCCAGUUUAUGAUUUUGGGCAUGGUUUAAGUUACUCAAACUAUUCCAAGGUUAUCAUAGUAGCACCUGGCAACAUAUUUAUACAGCCAAAAACUUCUCACCGACCUUUCAACAUUCGACAUCUUGACCUUGCCUCUGAAUCCAACCAAGUGAUUGACGUAUCGGAAGUGAAUUGCAAGAAUUUACAAUUUGAAUUGAUUGUCGGUGUGAAAAAUGUAGGGAAAAUGGAUGGAUCUCAUGUUGUGCUCGUUUUUUGGAAGCCUGCAGUUGCACAAGGAGUGACAGGAACGCCCAAUAUACAACUUGUGGGUUUUGAGAAAGUAGAGGUGAAGCAAGGGGAGGCGGAAUCAGUCCCAGUGAAGCUGGAUGUUUGCAAACAUUUGAGCAUUGUGGACGCGGAGGGGAAGAGGAAAUUGGUCGCCGGGCAGCACACCCUUGUCAUUGGGUCUCCCAGUGAACAACAACUGGAGCAUCGUUUUGAUAUGCAGCUGGGAAAUGCUGGUUGGGGCGAAGGAGUAAUGUCUUUCUGAGAUGAUAAUACUUUGAUCACAGAAAAUGGGGCCAAUGGCUCUUUUGCAUA